UGACAUUGACAGUGCGAAAGGCAGCGAACGACGACACGGCCACAACAAAGAAGCACGUACACCUGGCCUCUGCGCGCACGACCGCCCCCUGGUCCGUUCUCGCUUCCUUUCCCCAACGCGUGCGCGCGCUCGACCCACCCACCAGCCAGGACCUACCUCGACCCACGGACAUGACAGUCACCGUGUCGACGACAAUGUCAUCACCAUCACCCCACAGCACCACGACCAUGGGUGCCGACGUCGCGCGCCUCGCGCAGGAGAUCAUCAAGGCGUACGCUGGGGUGGCACAGGACAGGAGGCUGCUUAUCGCCGUUGCUGGCCGUCCAGGCUCCGGCAAGUCGACGCUAGCGUACCCCCUCGCAGACCACAUCAACGAGCUCCUCCUAGGCCACCCGGUACCCGAGGCGCCCAUCAACGCCGAGACGGCGGUCGCGAGCCCGCCAACGACACGCGCGGACGACGACGUCGCCAUCUGCGUCGGGCAGGACGGGUGGCACUGUACGCGGGCUGAGCUGGACGCGUUUCCUGACCCUGUCGAGGCGCACUGGAGGAGGGGCGCCGCGUUCACGUUCGACCUGCCCCGCUACGCCGAGUUUGUGUGCUCGCUCCGCGCGCCGCUGCCUGCCCCACCGAUCCCCUUCCCGACGUUUGACCACAAGCUCAAGGACCCGCGCCCGAGCCCCACGCCGAUCCUGUCGCGCCACCGCAUCGUCGUCAUCGAGGGCCUGUACACCAUGCUCGAUGAGCCCGGGUGGCGCGAGACGGCCGCGCAGAUGGACAUGCGCGUGUGGGUCGAGGUGCCGCGCGACGUCGUGUUCCGGCGCGUGCUCAAGCGUAACACGGAAGCGGGGAUCGUUAGCUCUGAGCUCGCGGAGAAGCGCGUCAACCAGAGCGAUAUGGUCAACGGCGACGACGUGUAUGCGCACCGCUACAAGGUCACCGAUACGAUCUACCCCGCCGAUGUGCCGCAGUAGGCGCAACGUGCGCCACGCAACCAAGCAAGAUAAGACAGCCACAUUGUAGAAUAAUACACCCCCCACCCAUCCCCACCCCUCAUCCUAGACCGCCGUAUGGCUAUGCAUGUCAUUAGAGUCC